AGAACCCCUAGGGGUGCAGGGCGCUGUGCAAAUUGUCUGCUGCGUGCAGCGCUUGACUCACCGACCCAACCAUGCUUAGGACUGCGACUGUGCACUGCUUCUCAUACCAUGCUGGGGUCUGCGCGCGCACGACCCUCCCUUCUGUGGCUCGCCGAACCUUUGUCUCGAAUAUUCCACGUCUCAAUGCCUUGUCAGGCACGAAGGCUACGGAGCCGGGAGCCGUAGGCGUUGAAGGACCCCAUAAGCGUGAGUUUGGCCAAUCAUUAUUCAUUACAGAGUGGCGUACUGAGGCAUGAUGAUUGUCGGCAGGUGACAAGACCCCAUCACCUCCCAUGAAAGAAGAGGAAUCGUCUGGAGUGCCUUCCACUAUCAAAGGCGACUGGGUCUUGUUCCACCCUGUGUACACUUCUGAGGAGUUGCGGUCUGUUGACAUUCUGCACCGCGAAUCAAAAACGUUCUCGGACAAGAUUGCCUACAAUUUCGUAAGGCUGUUGAGGUGGGGAUUCGAUGUAGCUUCUGGCUAUAAGCACAAGCCACUGCCGCCCAACCACGAGAACAUGUCGCUUGAAGAGCUGAAGAAGGGUGGCUAUGUUAUGGAUGAACGCCAGUGGCUCAGGCGCUUCCUAUUCUUGGAAAGUAUCGCAGGUGUGCCGGGAAUGGUGGCUGCUACGCUCCGCCACUUGAGGAGUUUGCGCCUGCUUCGCCGCGACUCCGGUUGGAUUCACACUCUGCUCGAGGAGGCCGAGAAUGAACGAAUGCACCUCAUGACCUUCCUCUCCCUGCGGAAACCUGGCCUCAUCUUUCGUGCCAUGCUCAUCGGCGCUCAAGGCGUCUUCUACAAUACAUUCUUCCUUUGCUACAUGCUCUCGCCGCGCACAUGCCACCGCUUCGUCGGGCAUCUCGAGGAAGAGGCGGUGAUCACCUACACGCGGUGCAUCCAAGAGAUCGAGGCGGGCCAUCUGCCGGAAUGGUCGGAUUUCCCUGCUCCGGAAAUCGCGAAGGACUACUGGCGCCUCGAGCCCUCAGCCAAGCUGCUCGAUGUUAUCUACGCGGUGCGGAGUGACGAGAGCACGCAUCGGUUCGUCAAUCACAGUCUGGCGAACCUCAAGUCCAACGACAUCAACCCGUUCGCGCUCCGUGAGCCCGACAUGACCGUCAAGGGCAAAAAGAUUGGCUUCGAACGCGAAGAGGCGAGAAAAUACGCCGAAGAGUCGCACCGUAUACUUGACGAGCGCGAGAAACCUUGAAGCUCUCUACGAUUGAUAGUAUUCUUUGUUCAUGAUAUUUAUCUACCCUCACAGCCCCCACUCAAUUGUAGCUUUGCACAAUACAGACUGAUCGCAUAGUGUAACAAAUCUUCUGCAACUAGUUACACAAGAUUUGGCAACGGUUCUAUACCCUUCGCGGCUCGCAUGCUUAUGUAUUGAUUCAUAGAGACGUUUCAUGCAAUUCUGCAGCCCGGAUAGUUGCCGGAUAGAGACAAGUUCCAGUGCUGAAGUGACCUGCGCCCCCGAAACAAACACCUUCCAAUUGCUGUAGGUUGCCGGAGUUUCACUUUGCAUGCAGAUACGCCGGGCAACGGUGUUUAUAUGUCUUUUUGUGCCUUUUCUAUUGUUGUGGUUGUGUGUCUAUUCUACUAGUGUCCAACGGC